AUGAGUCGUGUUACAGAGCAGUUGCGCAACGAUACGAACAGGCAACAAGAUGGCGACAGCGGCAGGAUCUCUGAGGAUCCACUUCAGCCUGCAUCGUUGCAAGAACUGAAAACUGCUCGGACUGUUGCUCGGCGAAACCGCACUCGACUCGCUAACUUGCUCAAGCGAGUGAAGACGGAGAUAGCCACCUACGACCAUGGCGACUACGUCUCGGAAGAUGAGGACGUUGAUGAUGCUGAAUAUACAGCUCUAUGUGAUCGAGAAGAUGAACUGGAGCGUCAAGUAUCUGAUGCUGAAGUUGCAGUGGCCGAGGCUGAGCGCGCUGUCGACGAUCGCCUUCUCGCCGAUGUCCAAAGCCGCCUACCUCCACCCGCACCUGGUCUUAGUGCGGGGGCAUCAUGCCACGGCAUCCCAGCUGCACCUCAAGAAAGCCGUCGGGUGUCAUCUUUCCCCCCGCUUAGCCGUUCUGUGCUGGAGUAUCACAAUGUGGAGAUCGAUCCUCCGGCAAAAGAAGAGUCACCAGAAGGAUCGAAAUCCCCCCAGAAGACUUCGAGAUCGGGUUACCCAUUGAGUAAGAUCCUGAUCCCAAAACUCAAGGACCCGUUCAACUUCGUUAGCCAUCUGGAUAUGUUUUGUCGUAUCAUGAACGACCACGGCCACGGCAAGUACAUUGAGGAUGUCUUUGUACCCAUUGGGCGGGAGACCUCACUCGUGGCUAAGCUUCUCAACUCCGUGGAGGGAUGCUCUAAGCUGCAUGAGGCAGCAGAGAGUGCUGCUCAAACGUCUAAAUAUAGGUGGACCGCUACUACAACACCGUUGCUGCGACAGUUUGGUUCCAAGUCAUCACUCCGUGCAGAAGUGUCCCGUCGCCUGCGAGCCCUCAAAUUCAUAUCCGUCAACAUGGCUGAGACCUUUAACCAGCAGGUGACCAUUAUUGGCAACUUAUGGUUCUCCGUGUAUGGGAGUGAGCCUGCUGAGAUCCGGUUCCUAGCCGACAGUUUCCUCAGAAAACUGCCGUCCGAUGUCUUGAAGGCCUUGACCACCCACAUCCUCGCUCAACUUCCGAACGGGGUGAUAGCGAGGUGGGAGAAUCAUCUGCAGCUUCACGAGGAUGCUCCCCCAGCUUCUGAACAGCCUCCGAUCUGCCUCACUACUGCUAUUGCAACGGUGUGCAAGUCCAUAGAGAUCGCAGAGUCCUUUGGGGGGCAGUUUACGACGGGGGUCAAGCGACCAGAGAAGAUUCAUAGGGUCAAGGACUCUAGUAGCCCAGCGCCAAUCUCUGACUUCGUGGCGCAACAUCCAGAAGGAACCAUUAUGUAUUUUCGAACGAAUAAAACUGAGGUCGCCGAUGAUGACAUUCGAGAACACUUCUCGAGACUGGGAGCAAAGUCUAUUCUGAUCCUCCAUCACUCCCAUGGUCACACUUACGGUUUUGCCGCGUUCGGUGAUGGCGAUCACAUGAAGAGUAACCUCAAUGCUGCGACGUCCGCGGAGAUGGGCGUCACUACUCGACCUUUUCAGAUUGUUGCCUGUUCGUAUCGUUGCGCAACUGCUCUGUAA